AUGCAACGAAGAAAAACAAGAAAAUACUUUUGCUACCUUUAUUUCCUUCACGUUGCGAACCUGAUCGGUUCCGACUGUUUGAAAUUCCUUUUACAUGUUCAUCAGCUAAUUGAGCUGGUCAUAGAAGAUGUUCCCAGCCGAGGAAAUUGGCUCGGUGCAGGAGGCGACGGGAAGAACAGUUUGAACCACGGAUCCUUUGCCACCUCCUAUCGGAUAGAAGCAAAAAACAUACUCAUCGUCAUCGUCCUCUCUACAGUGUCAGCUUUUCUCGCCGCCGUUCUGAUCAGCGCCAUCCUCUGUAUGGUACGCCCCUUCCACAAGUCUCGUAGACGACGUAGUGGAGACGCGGUCUUGAACGAUGGCGUCGGUUGCGGUGGCACGAUGAAGCUGUCACCCUUUGGAAUGGAGCCACACACAAGCCCCACUCUCCUCAUGAACCCGCGCAGCGGAGCCCUCUCCUGCUCAGACUCGGCCACGCUAGAUGGCUGCUCUGCUGUCGGCGAAGGCACGUGGAUUGUUGGCACCACGGGGACUCUCAUCAGCGCCUACGACGGCAACGAAAUGAAAAGUGGGGCUUUUCGUUUACAGGCUGACGGCAUGGCGCCGAUUUGGAGUCCGAUGCAUAUGGCAUCAAGCGAUUGCACUUUUGAGACCGAGAGCCUAAUUCCCAUAGGCUUACCAUCUGAAAUCGCAGGGAAUCCAAUCUCCUCUGGUAGUACUUUGCAAAGGGGACAACACUUUCUACUACACCAAUCACCUGCCCUCGGCUGCCCCUUGUCCCGUGGUCCUACCGUUGAGAUGGUCGCGGUAUCUUGUGGCCAGGACGAGCAGCGCUCCGAUAGCGGACGCGGGGCCAGCGACGAGGAAGCCAUGUUCCAGGGGCCAUUCCAAUCCAUCCUCUGUGGAUGUCCCGUCGCCUCCACAGGAAAAGUCUCUGGCUCGGUUACGCUGGCUGCAGACCACCCAGGUUUCGUUGGCACUCUCCCACGCCUCGAGACUAGCGAGACACCCGUGACCCCUAUCACCACCACGAGUGGUAUAUAUUUGUGUGCUAGCUCCCUAGCAGGUCAAACAGGAACCGUUUCCACCACUUCCGCAGCUGAAGAGAGGCCUCAGAGAUCCGUGUCAACUUUCGUUACUUCAGAAGAGAAGGAGAAUGGGAGUUUACCAUGUAGCGAGGUACCUCUUACCUUGGUCGGAAACAUCAGCAAGACAUUCAGUUUGCCGAGAGAGGGUCUCUGUAUGACAAAAAGCCUUCUCGAUGAUCAUACUGCUGACGAGAGCGCCAACAGACUAUGCCAGGAGAUCGACCACCUCCUCUUUGACAACAUGAUUUAG